AUGAAACCCAGGAAUAGCACACAGAUUUCAGAAUUCCUUCUGCUGGGGCUUUCAGAGGACCCAGAACUUCAGCCCCUCAUCUAUGGGCUUUUCCUCUCCAUGUACCUGGUCACUGUGCUGGGAAACCUGCUCAUCAUCCUGGCCACCAUCUCAGACUCCCACCUGCACACGCCCAUGUACUUCCUCCUCUCCAACCUGUCCUUUGUGGACAUCUGCUUCACCUCCACCACCGUCCCAAAGAUGCUGGUGAACAUCCAGACACAAAGCAAGACCAUUACCUACACAGGCUGCAUCACCCAGAUGUACUUCUUCAUACUCUUUGUAGGGCUGGACUUCUUUCUUCUGACUGUGAUGGCCUAUGACCGGUUUGUGGCCAUCUGCCACCCCCUGCACUACAAGGUUGUUAUGAACCACCAACUUUGUGUGUUGCUGGUUUUGAUGUGCUGGAUCUUGAGUGUUCUGAAUUCUUUAUUACAAAGCUUAAUGGUGUCCUGGCUCUCCUUCUGCACACAUGUGGAAAUUCCCCACUUUUUCUGUGAACUUAAUCAGGUGGUCCUGCUGGCCUGUUCUGACACUUUUGCAAAUGACAUGGUGAUGUAUUUUGCAGCUUUGCUACUGGCUUGCUGUCCCCUCACUGGUAUCCUUUACUCCUAUUCCAAGAUAGUGUCCUCCAUCCUUGCAAUCUCAUCAGCUCAGGGCAGGUACAAAGCCUUCUCCACCUGUGCAUCUCACCUCUCUGUGGUCUCCUUAUUUUAUGGCACAAGCCUAGGUGUGUACCUCAGUUCUGCUGUGACCCAGAACUCACGCUGUAGUGCAAUAACCUCAGUGAUGUACUGUGUGGUCACCCCCAUGCUGAACCCCUUCAUCUACAGUCUGAGGAAUAAGGACAUCAAGCGUGCUCUGAGGAGAUACCUGUGA